AUGGCGACACAAUUGGAGACCGAGACUUGCGUGUAUGUCAACUCGUCGGCCUAUGGCUUCUGCGUCCUCCCCGAAGAAAAAUUGCCGGAGCUUAAGCUACAAUUAUUGCAAGUUGCAACGGAUUUUGGAAUCGAUCAGCUUCGUGGGACGAUUCUCUUGUCAACAGAAGGUGUGAACAUUCGAUUGUCAGGGACUUUGGAUGCCGUGGAGGCCAUGAAAGUUGCAAUUUCUAAUCUGUCGUCGGAUAUCAAAGGACUUGAGUUUAAGGAUUCAUAUUCCGAGCGUAUGACGUUGCCGAAAAUGCUGGUAAGGAUUAAGAGAGAAGUGAUUUCAAUGGGAGUGGAUACGGUUAAUCCCGCAGUGGACGGACUGGCAGCUCACAUUUCAGCUGAAGAGUUCAAAACAUGGAUGGAUGCCGGCAAAGAUAUGCUAAUUUUGGACACCAGAAAUGACUAUGAAGUUCGCUUAGGCACGUUUGAGAAUGCAGUAGAUUUGGAUAUCAAAACAUUUCGUGCAUUUCCUACAAAAGCUCGUACGCAACUACAAGAAGUGCCCAAGGAAAAACCCGUCGUGAUGUUUUGUACCGGUGGCGUACGAUGUGAAAAGGCAUCGUACGCAUUGCUACGUGAAGGUCACAAAGAGGUUUAUCAACUAAACGGAGGUAUACUCAAGUACUUUGAAAAGGUGGGAGGUGCACACUUUAAAGGUGACUGUUUUAUCUUCGAUGACCGUGUGGCUCUCAAGCCAGAUCUGACUGAAGCAGCAGUUGUAUGCUGCUUUGCCUGCCGUAGUCCACUGACUAUAGAAGAACAAUUUUCACCAGAUUACGAAAUUUACAAGCAUUGUCCAUACUGCAUAAACGGUAAGAUGGACGGCCAAACGCUAGAGCGUGAAGUAGCCCCGAUCGACACAUUACCGUCGAAUUUCUAA